AAGCACAGUCUGCAAGAGCCAAGCUGUGGCAUUUAGUGCCUAGGGCUGGCCUGGGCUUGUAGACCUGAGCCUGGGUGUGCAGAGCAAGCCAGUGGUGGUGGCAGCAGGCAGCAGCAGAGCACUGUGGGUGCUGGGCCCAUUUGGGUGAAAAGGACAUAGGUCAGAGGGUCCCUAUAGUCCAUUCAAGGACAAUAUUAUGCUCUCCUCAUUUCUCCUGAGAUCCUGUCUUCCCUCUGCCAUAAGGAGUCUGCCAAAGAAAGCACGCAUCAGAAACAUGUCCAGCAUGCCUGGGGGCCUCCAACCAGCUAGUGUGGUGGUCCUACCUAGAUCCCUAGCACCAGCGUUCGAAAGCUUCUGCCAGGCCAACCACGGCCCUUUGCCCUUGCUGGGCCAAAGUGAGCCAGACAAGUGGAUGCUGCCUCACCUGGGAGCUGUUGUAGACAUGAGGACCAUCUGUCCACAGUUCCAGAAAUACGAGUUUGGUACCUGCACAGGCAUUCUGGCCUCACUGGAAAAGUACUCGGAACAGCUGAAGGACAUGGUGGCCUUCCUCUUGGACUGCAGCUUCUCCUUAGAUGGGGCCUUGGAGCAGGCAGGGCUUCCCAGAAGACAACCAGCAGGUCCCAGCUACACAGGAGCAUACAAGACAACAGUGCCUUGUGCCACCAUUGCUGGCUUCUGCUGCCCUCUGGUGGUCACAAUGCGACCCAUUCCCAAGGACAAGCUGGAAAGGCUGUUGGAGGCCACUUGCUCCUCAGGAGGCAAACAAGGACAACCCAUUCACAUCGGUGACCCAGAACUGUUGGGAAUCAAGGCACUUUCCAAACCUGACUAUGGGGACUAUUUGGAGUGUCAGCCAGAGGACAUCCCAGUGUUCUGGCCUUCUCCACUGACCAGUCUUGAAGCUGUCAUCAGCUACAAGGCUCCACUGGUUUUCACCAGCGCUCCAGGCUGUACAGUUAUGAUUGACCUGAAGGACACAAUAUCUCCAUCCAGCUGUCUCACCUCUGAGAUGGUUCCAGAGGUCCAUGCCAUUUCCAAAGACCCUUUGCAUUACAGCAUAGUGUCAGCCUCUGCUGUUCAGAAGAUCAGAGAGCUAGAGUCGAUGAUUGCCAUAGACCCAGGUAACCGAGGGAUCAGGCACCUCCUCUGUAAAGAUGAGCUGCUGCUGGCAGCUCUGUCAUUGUCUCAUGCCCGCUCAGUGCUAGUCACCACUGGGUUCCCCACACACUUCAAUCAGGAGCCCCCUGAGGAGACAGAUGGCCCACCAGGAGCCAUCGCUCUAGCCAGCUUCCUGCACACCCUGGGGAAGAAGGUCUCCAUGGUGGUAGACCGAAGAGCCUUGAAUUUACAUACGAAGUUUGUGGAAGAUGCUGUUGAGCAAGGUGUUCUGAAGACACCAAUCCCUAUAUUAACUUACCAAGGUGGAUCAGUGGAAGAUGCUCGGGCAUUUUUGUGUAAAGAUGGGGAUCCCAAGUCACCUAGAUUUGACCACCUGGUGGCCAUAGAACGUGCUGGAAGGGCUGCUGACGGCAAUUACUACAACAUGAGGAAGAUGAACAUCAAGCACUUAGUUGAUCCGAUUGAUGAUAUUUUCCUUGCAGCACAAAAGAUUCCUGGAAUCUCAUCAACUGGGGUUGGUGAUGGAGGCAAUGAACUUGGGACAGGCAAAGUCAAGGAGGCCGUGAAGAAGUACAUUAGAAAUGGAGAUGUCAUUGCCUGUGAUGUGGGGGCUGACUUUGCUGUCAUUGCUGGUGUUUCUAACUGGGGAGGCUAUGCCCUGGCCUGUGCACUGUACAUCCUGAACUCAUGCGAGGUCCAUGGGCGUUACCUGAGGAAGGCAAUUGGGCCUUCCAGGAUACCCAGGGAGCAAAGCUGGACUCAGGCCCUGCCAUCUGUCACUAAGGAAGAAAAAAUGCUGGGCAUCCUGGUACAGCACCGAGUCCGGAGUGGAGUCUCAGGCAUCUUGGGCAUGGAAGUGGACGGGCUGCCUUUCCACAGUGUCCAUGCAGAGAUGAUCCAGAAGCUUCUGGGUGUCACCACAGUGUGCAUGUGAUCACCUCUGUUUGUGUGCAAAGCUCCUACCUGAUGGCCCAGCCUGUGUCUAGGUGGGAUUUUCCCGAAAGCCCCCAACUUCUUCCCACAAGAGCCUUGUGGAUUCUUACUGGCCCUGGGUGAGCCCAAAUGCCACUGAUCUGGGAAGCUGCAUGCCACUUCCUGGGAGGGAACAGUGCCUUUGGUAUGGACCAAGGACUUUUCUGUGGGAUUGUGCUUUCAGUGCGGGUACUUUAGAGGCAUUGUUUGAACUGCUCUCCAUCCCAGCUUCUUCAGGCCACCCAUGUGUUCCGCUCUGAGAAUCCUCUCACCCACUACUUAGGAGGAUGCUUGUCAACAAUCAGCUGCUAGGCAGAGCACAAGAAUAGGCAUCUCCACAGCUUGGGCUAAGAAAGGGUAGCAUGCCCAAGUGUGGAGUGUGUGGUUAAAAAUGCUGGGGCUUUGUAGUCACCACUAGCAGCAAAAUACUUAUACUUUUGAAAUGCUUUCUUAUUUUCAAAUACUAUUCUGUUUACUUGGGCACAAGAUCCCUCCAGCCAUCACAUCUCACUGCCCCUCACCUCCAUUUACCCCCAACCCCCCGACGUUUCUUAUUCCUCCUUCCCAUCUGCUCACUCUGGCCCCGGGUCAGAUAUUUUGACCUUCCUGCAAAGGAAGACAGACACAUUGGCCCCUAGAGACCAAGGGUAGGUCAGACCAGCCCAGGGCUCAGGCAGAUCGGCUUGCCCUGACCUUUUUCACAGUCUUCCACCCCACAUUUCCCAGCAAAGUCAAAAACUGAGCUGCUGACUGCACCCCAUUAUGCAUUUAGUUCUAGUUCCAGGAUGAUAUCUUGUGCGGGACCUGCUGUGGCAGCUCUGCAACACAGAGCUGUUUCGUUCCCUUAAACAUCUCUGGUUUGGUUCUUUCAUGGGCAUUCAUUGUGAGCAAGGAAAUGUGGCUGGAUUUCACACUCCAAUAAAGCAUAAGUAUGAAGACAA